AUUUACUGAAACCUAAUGCUCGAACUGAGGGCUUUGAUUUCCUCAGGAACAAGCGAGUCGCCGUCGACCUCUCUUUCUGGAUUGUCCAGCACGAGACCGCCAUUAAAUCCACUGCUCGAAGCCCCCAUUUGAGGCUCACAUUCUUCCGCACCAUCACUCUCUUUGCCAAGUUUGGUGCGUUUCCUGUGUUUGUAGUUGAUGGAACUCCUUCACCCUUGAAAUCCAAGGCAAGGAUUGCCAGGUUUUCCCGGUUAUCUGGUGUUGACACUUCUGAUCUACCAAAGGUUGAAGAUCGCAUUUCUGUUCACAGAAAUCGCAAGUUUGCAAAAUGUGUUAAAGAAUGUGUGGUAGGGUCUUUCACUUGCUUUGACUGAUUUCAUCAUAUGUAUAUCCAUCAAUUUAGACUUCCCUUGAUCUUAUAUUCUUCUGAACGAUAAUGGUAUGGUUUCACGGGCUUGGGAUGUCUGGAUAUACCCUCCAAAUUCCUAGUUCCAAAACUUGAGGUGAAAUAGUAAGAAAUGUUUUCUGAAUUUGCAUUACCUCUUGGAGUUGACCUUGGGUGAGUGUAGUCUCCUGAAGAUUAGUGAGAUGUGCCGUGACAAAAAAUUGAUUUUAGAAGAUAAAUGGUGCUUCACCUUGGUUUCUUGUUAUUAUAUUCUAUAUUUUAAAGUCUCUUCAAUGUUGGUGUACAUGAGCUUUGUCACUGCUCCAUGGGAAAAUUUGAGCGUAAGGAACUGCUUGAGCUAUUUGGGGUGCCCGUUUUAGAAGCCAAGGGUGAAGCUGAAGCUCUAUGUGCUGAGUUGAAUCAAAAAGGCUUUGUGGAUGCCUGCAUCACAGCUGACAGUGAUGCCUUUUUGUUUGGUGCCAAAUGUGUAAUUAAAAGCUUCAAUCCCAAUUCAAAAGAACCACUUGAGUGCUACUUCAUGUCAGAUAUUGAAGCUGCUCUUGGGUUCAAUAGGAACCAUUUAAUAGCAAUCUCUCUCUUGGUUGGAAAUGACCACGACUUAAAUGGUGUGCAAGGAGUUGGAUUGGAUACCGCUGUUUGUUUCGUCCAAGAUUACACAGAUGAUGAGAUUUUAAAUAAAUUGUAUGAAAUAGGCAACGAGGAUACUACACCACUUCAGAGUGGUCUUGAAUUGGUAAAUAACUAUGGACAAUCUUCGGAAACGAACUCAAGAAAGAUCAAGUGUUCUCACUGUUCCUUCUGUGGUCAUCCAGGCAGCAAAAGAGCCCACAUUAAGUUCCCCUGCGAAUACUGUGAUGUUAGUCAUGGCGAGGGUUGUAUCAAAAAGCCUGAUGGAUUUAAAUGCAAUUGUUCCUCCUGCAAUAUGGAUCGAGAAGAAAAGGAGAAAAAGAAGCAAGAAAAUUGGCGAUUAAGAGUUCGCAACAAGAUUGCUAUGGAGCCAAAUUUUCCCAGUAGUGAACUUAUUCAGAUGUACCAGUGUGACAAUCACAGUUAUUUUAGUGAUGAUGACCUUGUCUUAUCCUGGGGAAGCCCAAGAACCGAAAUGCUAGUUGAUUUUUUAGUUUUUCAUCUACAAUGGGAGCCAUCGUACAUUCGUCAGAGGAUGCUUCCCAUGCUAUCCACCAUUUUUCUCAGAGAAAUGGCUAAUAAUCCAACUCAAACUUUGCUUUACGGCCAAUACGAGUUCGAUUCUAUACUCAGAGAGAAAAUAAGAUAUGGACAUUCCUUUUAUGUUGUCAAAUGGAAAAAGGCCGUCCCUGCAAUUAGCAGUACAUAUGAAGACUCUUCGGGGGAAUUUGGCACUGGGCCAGACGACGCCAUUGAUGUCGAUGAAGCAGUGAAUUUGACAGAUGAAUCUGAUUCUCCAAAAAUUCAUAUUCAAGACGGGUGCUCGUUUCUAUUGACUGAUGAGAAUAUGGAGCUUGUUGCCGCUGCUUAUCCUGAACAGGCUGCCAAGUUUUUGCAGGAAAAGGAAAUGAAAAGGCAGAAGACCCCAAGCACACCGGCUUGUGAGACUAGCGGAAAGUCUGAUUCAUCAAAAGCGAAAGGUGUCCAGUUAAGUAUUACUGAGUUCUACCGUGCAACAAAAACACAACAAACAGCAGACACAACAGAUUUGACCAAUGAGGACGAGGAGACAAGCACGGGAAAGAGGAAAGCAUCGAGCUCUUCCACUCUUUCGAAGUCAGUAAGGCGUCGCCUUUUGUUUGACUAGAGCUCAGCUAUUGUGUGCACUCCGAUGAUUAUGGAGUGCAAAUCCUAUAGUUUAGAACAUAUGUAUAAAGCUUGUUUUUGCUAGAGCACUCUUUGAUUGAGCUGCUGUGUUUGUGUGCCCUCUGAUUAUGGAGUGCAAAUUCUAUAGUUUUAGAAUGUAAGUAUAUAUUUUUUUUUUUGGCUGAUCAAGAUAUUUUGAGCUUUUUUUUUGUUUAGGCAUUGAUUGGUGCUUUUAAUGAUGUAAUUAUAAUACAUUAGGUUUAGCAAAGAUCUUGAUUUCUAAUUUGGUUAAA